AGUGAUUCAGAGUCGUACAAAAACCUCCCUCAGUUUGACCAAAGUGAAAAACAACCUGCUGCAGCUGCUGAGACGAGGAGAUCUGCUCCAGAGAUGACAACACCAGAGUCAUUACAGCAGAACAGCACAGACAAAAACAACUGUUUGGUUCAUUUGACUUAUAAUUGUACAUUAAAUAUCAUCACUGAGGGGAAAUAUGUUUUCUUCCAAUUCAGGAUCCAACUCAUUGAUCUCACUGUUGAAGACCAGGAUUAAAAGUGAUUGGAUUGGUGACAGCUGACUUUAACUCAGAGGGAAGUCAAGUUUGGACCUGAUCCCUGUUGGUGUGGACAGUGUGACAUCUGCAGACAAAUAGGAGGCGCUGAAGAGUUCCCAUGACCACAUGGAACAGACGGCAACAGAAAUUAUAUUAUAUUUGCUGAUAAUUCAACGUUGCCUUAUUAUUGAAAUAUAAAUAAUACAAGUUAGCUUACAGGAAGAUAAGUAAAAAUGAUAAUCCAAAAUAUCAAGUUCUCUUCAUAAAACACCCAAACAGAAAUAUAUAAAUACAUUUUCGUCUAAUUAAAGGAUAAAGUAGGCUAACUGACUUAUAAUUAAGCCAAUUAGCUGGAAGUUAACCUAAUGAUCACCAAACAUGAGUCUACAAACAACUGAUACUUAGCAAUAUAACAGGCAAACCUAAAAGAUUACAGUAUAGAAAAUUAUAUACUGUGUGACAAACACUGGUAUAACAUAAAAAAGUUACUUUUAUGAUGUUGAACAAACAGCAACAACAGCUGGUAUCAGAAAUGAUAAGGCAAUCCAAAAGUUAGCCAAAUACAAAAGUGCUAAAGAGCUUAAACGUAACUUUGGCUGAAAGAUAUAUAUUUUGAAAAGAAAAUUCGACUGAGGUAGGUCAUCAAGGAAUUAGUUAGCUGCCAAAAAAGCAGUGACGUUUAAGCCUGUGACUGCGUCACAGUGAGAUAAGGGGACGGGAGUCAGCGUGUCCUGGACAUGCAGGACUAAUACUGUCCUCUGCUACGAGCUAAUCCUUCCUGCAUGCUUCACCUUUGUCAUUUGUAAACAGUGGGAGUCCAAUCAGACCUCACUGUUUCUUCAUACAGGGAGCAACACAUGUUGUGGCAGUGAAGUGGACGCAAAGACAGAAAUAAAAUACAGGCUUGUACUUUCUACUUCACACCAUCACAGCGAAGUUUCCACUUUGUAAACGCUGUUAAGCGUCUCCAGACCUUUGUGUUUUACUCCUUCUUUCCGUCUCCAAACAAAUAGAUUUGCUUAAGGUGUGAAUCGAGAAUCCAGCACAAUUUGGUCAGAUUUAGAGGAAUCUCGAGGUGGAGAUUUUUUUUUUUCAUGCUGCUGAUGUUACUUUUUCUAGAGAGUUUUCUAGAUAGUUAUUACGUCUAAAUACUUUGAUUCAGUAUAUUUUUAUUUUUACUGUCAACUAAGCAAAACUGAUAAAGAGAUGGGGCAGACACCCUUAAUGUUUAUGUUGUAUAAUACAUAAUAUAUUAUAUAUGUAUUCUAUAUUAUAUGUAAUAUAUAUAAUAAAGUCCUUUAUAUCAAACUGGACCUGGUGCCAUGUGCACAGAAACCGACUUUGUUGUUGUGCAUUAAACAGCAAAUUGUUUGAAAAAUUAAUGUGUUAAUAUAUUUGUAUUUUCAAGAAGAAAGGGGAAAAUAUGUAAACGAAUCUAACCAUCCAAAUAUUUCAUGACCGUCUUCUGUACUUCUGUGGGCCUCCUGGGGUGUCCCAGACCCACUAUUUAACACAUCUGCAGAGUUUUCUCACAACUGUGCAUAAUUGAACCAGCAACACCAGAAGACGUUGUUUUAUGAAUGGAAUGACUGAGGGGCCAAUAACGACAAGUCAUAAUGGUCAGUGAAUGGAGGAGAUUACCGGAGGUGAAGCCUGGUCUUCUUCUUCAGCCCGAGUCACUGUGAAAGAGUGCAGAGAAAGAGAGAUAAUCCUCUGGGAUCACAUCGUACCAGGAAUCACUAAGUCACGUCCUCUCCUGCCUCCUCAGUCUCACCACAGUCAGGCAGGACACACACAGGAUCACAAUCACCUCUUAAAGGAAUUGAUCUGUGCCCUGCAGGAGAUUGGACCGCCAGUCUUCGCUCGAGCCUUAGACGAGGACUCAGUGAGGUCCUGAUUCAAGAUGGAGAUGUUGAAGAAUAUCUUAAAUACCAUUGUUUCCAUGAAAAUCAGGGAGUAUGUGAAGGACUACUGCAAGAGGAACGGCCUUCUAACACUGUCUGUUUUUGCUGUGGUGACUGGCUGCGUGCUUGGAUUCGUCCUUCGGUCUCUUAACCUGUCCACACAGGCCAAGAUCUAUUUCUCCUUCCCGGGAGAGCUGCUGAUGAGGAUGUUGAAGAUGUUGAUUCUGCCGCUCAUCACUUCAAGUCUGAUGUCCGGCCUGUCAGCAAUGGACACAAAAGCAAGCGGCCGUCUGGGAGUCCUGACCAUCACCUACUACCUGUGGACGACCUUCAUUGCUGUCAUUGUUGGCAUCAUACUGGUGCUCAUCAUUCACCCAGGCACAGGUUCAGAGAAGGACGGCCAUCAUGCAAGUUCAGGGCCCGUCAUGACGUCCGCUGAUGCUCUGCUGGACCUCAUCAGGAACAUGAUUCCAUCGAAUCUAAUCGAAGCAACCUUUCAGCAGUACCGCACAGAUCUGAUUCCUAUUGUGCAAAAUGCUAACAUCAAAGAUACUCAGGCCAACUUUGUGUAUGUCAUGCCUGACUACCACAACCCACGACUGGGCCACCCGGUCUUCCUGGAGAUUACACCCGCUCCAGACGUCAACUAUAGGAUGGUGCCCAGUACAAGCAAAGGCAUGAACGUGCUGGGGAUCGUCAUCUUCUCAGCCACUAUGGGUCUGCUGCUGGGGAAGAUGGGCGAGCGCGGAGCACCGCUGGUCAACGUGUGCCAGUGCAUCAACGAGUGCGUCAUGAAGAUCAUUAACGCAGCUAUGUGGUAUUUUCCUUUUGGAAUUGUGUUCCUCGUGGCCGGAAAAGUUCUGGACAUGCAUGACCCGGCUCACCUGGGAGAGAAACUGGGCAUGUACUUCAUCACGGUCCUGUCGGGUCUGUUUGUGCACGGCCUCAUCCUGCUGCCUCUCUUCUUCUUCUUCUUCACUCGAAAAAACCCCUUCCCUUAUAUCCGUGGUCUGCUGCAGGCUCUUGUCAUCGCACUGGCCACGUCAUCUAGCUCAGCCACUUUACCAAUCACCAUGAAGUGUCUUCUGGAGAACUGCGGUGUGGAUCGACAGAUCGCUCGCUUCGUGCUGCCCGUGGGAGCUACCAUCAACAUGGAUGGAACGGCUCUGUACGAGGCUGUGGCCGCCAUCUUUAUCGCUCAGGUCAAUGAGUAUGAUCUGGACUUUGGUCAACUGGUGACCAUCAGCAUCACGGCCACAGCAGCCAGCAUCGGGGCAGCAGGGAUUCCUCAAGCAGGUCUGGUCACAAUGGUGAUUGUCCUGACGUCUGUGGGUUUACCUCCUGCUGACAUCUCACUGAUCGUGGCCAUCGACUGGGUUCUCGAUCGUUUCCGGACCAUGAUCAACGUUCUCGGUGACGCCCUGGCUGCAGGGAUUAUGGCUCACAUUUGCAGGAAGGACUUUGAGAGAGCAGCUGCUGCAGCAACCGUCACCACCGCUGCCAACACUGGAGGCAACCCCAAACGGCGAGACACUGUGAUCUCCUUUGGCAACCAGAGUGUGGCGCUAUCUGAUGCUCCUCUCAUUGCUCAACGCUGCAAUUACAUGUUUGAGGUAGAUGGAGACACCGUGCUAGAGAAACCGGCCGGUUGCUACAAUCUCUGUCAAGUCUGAGACACCUAAAGGAAGAUGGACAGUGAACGGACACUUACAAGAGGGGACGAUAACCUGAGAGCCCGACAGUCCAGGUUGGCUCAGUGACUCCAAAGAAGAAGAGUACGCUAAAAGGACAAGGAAAGAGACUAAAAACAGAAUCCUCUGUCAUCGGAUUUGUACCAAAAAAUCUCAGCUCAGAAUGGAGGGAAGAAGGAAAUGCACAUAUUUACAGACACUGGAUUGUUUUUCCCCCUGGAUACAGUAGAAAAUGAUGCACUUACAGUGCACAGGUUUACAGGUGCUGAGGCGUCACCACGAUGGAGAGACUUUGAGCUGAGCAGAGGAACAGUUAGGAUUGAACAUUUCAGAGAGAA